AUGGUGAUGGAGGACGGGGACCCGGCGCUGGAGCGAUGGGGACGGCGCCUCAUGGCCUCGGACCUGGACAACGACACACAGUCCAAGAACUGCUCCGAGCCAGGCUGGGUCAGUCUGAGGCUGGGUCUGAGGCUGGGUCUGAGGCUGGGUCUGAAGCUGGGUCUGAGGCUGGGUCUGAGGCUGGGUCUGAGGCUGGGUCUGAGGCUGGGUCUGAAGCUGGGUCUGAAGCUGGGUCUGAGGCUGGGUCUGAGGCUGGGUCUGAGGCUGGGUCUGAGGCUGGGUCUGAGGCUGGGUCUGAGGCUGGGUCUGAGGCUGGGUCUGAGGCUGGGUCUGAGGCUGGGUCUGAGGCUGGGUCUGAGGCUGGGUCUGAGGCUGGGACAGGACCGAGGCAGGCCGCAGACCCAGGACAGGACCGAGGCAGGCCGCAGACCCAGGACAGGACCGAGGCAGGCCGCAGACCCAGGACAGGACCGAGGCAGGCCGCAGACCCAGGACAGGACCGAGGCAGGCCGCAGACCCAGGACAGGACCGAGGCAGGCCGCAGACCCAGGACAGGACCGAGGCAGGCCGCAGACCCAGGACAGGACCGAGGCAGGCCGCAGACCCAGGACAGGACCGAGGCAGGCCGCAGACCCAGGACAGGACCGAGGCAGGCCGCAGACCCAGGACAGGACCGAGGCAGGCCGCAGACCCAGGACAGGACCGAGGCAGGCCGCAGACCCAGGACAGGACCGAGGCAGGCCGCAGACCCAGGACAGGACCGAGGCAGGCCGCAGACCCAGGACAGGACCGAGGCAGGCCGCAGACCCAGGACAGGACCGAGGCAGGCCGCAGACCCAGGACAGGACCGAGGCAGGCCGCAGACCCAGGACAGGACCGAGGCAGGCCGCAGACCCAGGACAGGACCGAGGCAGGCCGCAGACCCAGGACAGGACCGAGGCAGGCCGCAGACCCAGGACAGGACCGAGGCAGGCCGCAGACCCAGGACAGGACCGAGGCAGGCCGCAGACCCAGGACAGGACCGAGGCAGGCCGCAGACCCAGGACAGGACCGAGGCAGGCCGCAGACCCAGGACAGGACCGAGGCAGGCCGCAGACCCAGGACAGGACCGAGGCAGGCCGCAGACCCAGGACAGGACCGAGGCAGGCCGCAGACCCAGGACAGGACCGAGGCAGGCCGCAGACCCAGGACAGGACCGAGGCAGGCCGCAGACCCAGGACAGGACCGAGGCAGGCCGCAGACCCAGGACAGGACCGAGGCAGGCCGCAGACCCAGGACAGGACCGAGGCAGGCCGCAGACCCAGGACAGGACCGAGGCAGGCCGCAGACCCAGGACAGGACCGAGGCAGGCCGCAGACCCAGGACAGGACCGAGGCAGGCCGCAGACCCAGGACAGGACCGAGGCAGGCCGCAGACCCAGGACAGGACCGAGGCAGGCCGCAGACCCAGGACAGGACCGAGGCAGGCCGCAGACCCAGGACAGGACCGAGGCAGGCCGCAGACCCAGGACAGGACCGAGGCAGGCCGCAGACCCAGGACAGGACCGAGGCAGGCCGCAGACCCAGGACAGGACCGAGGCAGGCCGCAGACCAGGACAGGACCGAGGCAGGCCGCAGACCCAGGACAGGACCGAGGCAGGCCGCAGACCCAGGACAGGACCGAGGCAGGCCGCAGACCCAGGACAGGACCGAGGCAGGCCGCAGACCCAGGACAGGACCGAGGCAGGCCGCAGACCCAGGACAGGACCGAGGCAGGCCGCAGACCCAGGACAGGACCGAGGCAGGCCGCAGACCCAGGACAGGACCGAGGCAGGCCGCAGACCCAGGACAGGACCGAGGCAGGCCGCAGACCCAGGACAGGACCGAGGCAGGCCGCAGACCCAGGACAGGACCGAGGCAGGCCGCAGACCCAGGACAGGACCGAGGCAGGCCGCAGACCCAGGACAGGACCGAGGCAGGCCGCAGACCCAGGACAGGACCGAGGCAGGCCGCAGACCCAGGACAGGACCGAGGCAGGCCGCAGACCCAGGACAGGACCGAGGCAGGCCGCAGACCCAGGACAGGACCGAGGCAGGCCGCAGACCCAGGACAGGACCGAGGCGAGGCCGCAGACCCAGGACAGGACCGAGGCAGGCCGCAGACCCAGGACUGGACCGAGGCAGACCCAGGACUGGACCGAGGCAGACCCAGGACCCAGGACUGA